AUGCAGUUCUCUCAAGUCCUCGCCAUCCUGGCCCUCGGCGUCUCGGUCAACGCCUUGCCCACCGGCGGUCUGCCCGGCAGCUCCGAGCUUGCUGCACAAGACGGCACUCUUGCUGCUCGCACGAUUGUCGACGAGUGUCCAAAGUGCCACGGGUCCGACUGGGGCUGCACCAGCGACCAUUGUAUCAAACACGGACAGGCCAAGCACGACGCUCUCGCCCCUCGCAGCCAACCUCAUGGCCCUGAACCACAGUACCCCUGCAUGAAAUGCCAAGGCGCCGGUUAUGGUUGCACCAAGGAGUAA